UUCAUUUCAUUCACUCAUUUUCAUUCAUUGUUUUUUUUAUUUGCUUUGCUUUAUGCGUGUAUUUUUAAUUCAAAAUUAAUUUAUUGAAAAAGUUUUAGCUAAGUGCUUUUAGCACUAGCUUAAUUUGAUUUCUUUGACUUCUCUAGAUGCAGUAACAGUAAGAUGAGUGAGUCAUGUGUGGAAACUCCAGAGGCGCCGGCCUGGUUGUCCAAGCUCGAGAGCCAGCGGGAGAAGCUGAGUAAAGCUCGUCUGGGGCACGAUAGCGGCGCUGGGGCCCCUUGCAACUCUUGUGGUUCGGGUUGUCCGGGCCUGGACCUCCACUUCUGGCGCAAGGUCUGCCGAGCGUGCCACUGCAGCAAGGAUGUCCAUGAUGUUCAGGAUGAUGACCUGUCUGGGUGGGCACAGUUUGAGCUGCUUGGUACAGCCAAGCCUAAGAAGUCUAUAUUGCCCUUGAUAAAGAUUCGGGGUGUAGCUGAUAAUCCAGUGAAACUUGAUUGGGCUCCUCCAAAUGCAUCAACAGAAUUGGUAUCGGAGUACAUGUCGUGCCUGGGCGCGCUGGCGCCGGUGGCGGGCUCGGCGGGGGCUCGCCGGCGCCGCGCGCAGCUCCGCACGCAGCUGCCUCCACACGACGUCGCGCCGGAAGUGCGCGCGCACGCCACUGACCAAGAGAAGUCUGAGCAUACCGAGUACAUCAGCCGCAUCAAGGACCACGUGGUGGGCGUGGGCAGCGUGGUCCGCGUGGCGCCGCUGCAGACGGGCGACGUGUGCCUCGUGGAGACCGCCCGCAGCCACGCGCCGCGCUCAUACGCACUCCCGCUCAAGAUCUCCAACCUCUGUCGCGGCGUCAAGUACAACAUCGUGCCCAAAAACGCCUCAGAUAAGAAACUCGUGCUUGACUCCCAAGGGAAUGUCGUGAGCAGUGCCGCUAAUCUGCCCGAUUAUAAGACGAGUUCGGUAUUAAGCCGCGGCGUUGUCGAUAAACUGGUAAAUAUGAAGAUAGAGUCCGAUCGCAUCAAGAGCGCAGUCGAACACGGCCCCGUCUAUGAUAAGUUGUUCAAGAACCUGGCCGAUUUGAAUAUCCCCGUGCAUUCUGAUGUGUACUUGCAGCCGAUUAAGCUGUUCCGGGAUGAGUACAAUAAGAACGCGCAGUUCCAGGAGGAGACGAACGAGUUCGCGAGCCAGGCGCUCAGCGCGCAGGCCAUGCCGGACUUGUGGUCCUCGGCCAACAACAACAUCAUGGGCGCCGCCAAGUUUCUGGACAGUCGCAUUCAAAAGGGGACAAUUUUCGCUCCGAAUGGAGAGAUUUGGAGCUGGAAACACGAGGUGACAACGCCUGAGACGAGCGGCACUAUCUGCUCCACUAAGAUCAGCCCUCAGUACUCGACGUCGACCAGCACGACCAACCAGCAGGAGCCGCAGAAGACGGCGCCGCUGCGCGACUACCUGCGCUCGCACUCCGGCGAGGACGCGCCGCCGCCCAACUACCACACCUACCCCGGCGCCCUCCCGCCCCCCCCGGACUACGCCGCGAGCUACGACGACUCCAUCGACCCCCUGAUCGACCAGCUCACGUCCAUGGAUCUCAGCCCCGAGGAGGUGGAGUUCAACCGCAAGCUGUACAACGAGGGCGUGCCGUGCCAGCGCUGCCGGCAGCCGAUGUUCGCGGGCUCGGUGGCGGUGAAGGCGGAGCGCGCGGGCGGCUCGGCCGUGUGGCACCCGCAGUGCUUCACGUGCGUGGGCUGCGGGGAGCUGCUGGCCGACCUCGUGUACUUCUUCCACCGCGGCGAGAUCUACUGCGCGCGCGACCUGGCGGCGGCGCUGGACGUGCCGCGCUGCGCCGGCUGCGACGAGCUGGUGUUCACGCGGCCCUACACGGCGGCGGAGGGCCGCGCCUUCCACGUGCAGCACUUCUGCUGCUACCACUGCGACGCGCCGCUGGGCGGCCAGAAGUACGUGCCGGACGACCGGACCGGCCUGCCCGUGUGUUUGACAUGCUACGAUCAGUUCUACGCGGAGCGGUGCCGCGCGUGCUCGGGGGUGAUCGGGCCGGAGCAGCAGGGCGUGUCGUGGGGCGCGGCGCACUGGCACGCCGCCUGCUUCGUGUGCUCGGGCCGCGCGUGCGGGAAGAGUCUGCUCAGCGGACGCUUCGUCGUCAAGCAGGACAUGCCCUUCUGCUCCGUGCCGUGCGUCCAGAGCAAGAUCAAGAGUUGAAUUGCUAGAUCAUUUUAUUUAUAUUUUCGUAUUUGAAACCCUUGUGUAAUAGAUUGAUGAAAAUAUUUUUUAUAUUAUAGUAUUUUUAUAUGAUAGGAGUAAAAUAUUUUAGGAUAAAAUGUGCCAAAAUGAUAUACCUACUUAUUAUGGGAGUCUAUUUUUGUAUUGUCACAAAGUGCAAUUAAUGUACAUGUUUGGUGCAUAAUUUUGUGUACUUACCUAGUAAAGUGGUCCAAACAACAUUCCUAUUAUACAUCUUCUAGCAUUAUAAUAGUAGCUAAAAGAAAAAAAGCAUUUACUAUUUUUAUUAUAAUACUUAAAUAUAAUUAGAAUUUAAGUAUGUAUUGCAAACUUGGCUAUAAUAUUGUCUACAAGCCUUGUAAACUGUGUUAAAAAUAAUCAAUAUUUUUUAUAGAUUGAGCUAUAUGUGAUAAAGAAAAUAAUAUUUUGUAUAAAAGUGCCAUUACAUAAUAAAUGACAGUAUACAGAUAUACAA